GCGAGGGGCGUGAUAUAUCAUGUCAUUUAUAUCACGGCUUGAUAACCUUAGCCAUAUAAUUCGGAAAACGACCUCAAGGUACAAAAUUCUGCAACUGCCAAAAAAGCGAAAGGCAUUUGAAGAGAAUCUCCAAGUGUUGGGACAAAUGAAAUUAUGGAAGAAGAAUGGUCCUCAAAUGGUAGCCACAUCCGAUGACAGUGCUGAUUCCAAGAGAAAGGAUUCGAAACCUAAUGCGGGUUGGCAGCAGCGGAAGACGAUCGGUAUACGCAGCUCGCCACUUGAAGCUCAUUGGCAUUUCCUAGAAUUACCGAAGAAGAAGAAGAAACCGACGUUAGCAUCAAAAAUGAGCUUUAGGUCCUUGCAGAAGUCGCUCACGAAGAUCACUAAAAGCGACACGUUUCGCACUAUUUUUCAAGGUGUCCGUGAUCCCGAGGAAGUGAAACAGGUGCAGUCUCUGAGGGACUUGCUCGCGUCAACUGGCCAACUUCCGGAGAAACAUGAUGAUUACCAUACACUUCUCCGUUUUUUGCGAAUGAGGAACUUCGACCUAGCACAGACCAGAAUCAUGUUUGUUAAUAUGCUCAAGUGGCGUGAAGACAAUAGGGUCGAUGUGAUCGCAAGGGAAUUUGAGUUUGAGGAGUAUGACGCUGUGCAACAAUGUUAUCCACGUGGAUAUCAUGGAGUUGAUAAUGUGGGAAGGCCAUUGUACAUAGAAAGGAUUGGUUCCAUAGAUUUCAACACCCUACUGACUGUGACAACAGUCGACCGCUUCGUCAAGCAUCAUGUUGUAGAACAAGAGAAAACAUUAAAUCUCAGAUUCCCUGCAUGCUCACUUGCUGCUAAGAGGCACAUAGCAUCCAUAACAGCUAUUCUAGACGUGGAAGGACUAGGUAUCAAAAAUUUUUCAAAGCCAGCCAGAGAGAUUUUCACAGAAAUUCAAAAGAUCGACAGCAACUACUACCCCGAGACUCUCAAUCAGCUAUACAUUAUUAAUGCUGGACCAGGGUUUAAGGCCCUGUGGAAUAUUCUACGUGCUUUUUUGGAGCCUCGAACAUUAUCGAAAGUACAGGUUUUGGGGACCAGUUUCAUCAGUAAGCUCUCUGAAGCUGUGGAUUUAAGUAAUAUACCAGAGUUCUUUGGUGGCAAGUGCAAGUGUGUUGAGCAUGGAGGCUGCUUACGGAAAGACAAAGGACCAUGGACUGACCCAGAAAUCAAAUCCAAGUUAAUGGAAGUGUUCUACAAAGCACAAAAACUUGAGGAUGAACCAACUGACGAAAACAUUUUCAAAGAGCUCAGCAAGUCCCAAGUCGUAACCUCUGAUGGACGACUUGGGUCAAAUUCUAUUGCAACCACUCCCAAGACUGAAAAUUAUAUUGGAAUUGAUAGUUUGGAGCAAUACAUGGGAACAGCUUCUGCAUCUAAGCAUUUGGCACAGAAAAUCUCAGAGCUAGAAGAAUGGCUUGUGGAAACCAACGAGAUCUUGCAAACACUUUUCGCCAAGCAGCAACAGCUUGCAGAUAAUAUAGAAGAGCUAAAGAAUCUGACUGAGCAGAAGUUGCGUGUUUCUGAUGCAUGAGAAAAUUACCAACCUUGAUGAGGAAUGAUUUCAUAAGUUGGCAGAAUUGUUUUGGACAGUGAUAUGGCUGGUGCUAUGAAGUGUCGUUGGUCUAUUGCUUCGAGCAUGUGGACUUCUACGUUCGCUGUAAUAUAUAACUAGUGAAGAUUGCUACUGUUGUAAUUUCCAUUGCAGCCUACGUGCUCAUUCAAGUAGUUGUUAUCACUGUUACUAUGAGAAGUGAAAACGCUAUUGUUCUGUAAAAUUUUUCUGAUAGAAGUUCUUUAAUAAA